GAAUCACAAUAAAGUAGUGAAGUAUAGAUCUUGGAAAUCAGUCCUUUAGGAGAUUUUGCCAGAGCUAUAAUGUUUUCCAGCUCUGACAGUCUCAUGUGGAUCUUGCCGGUCCUCAAGAGAGACCCUACGAAGUAACGAAUUUGGAGUAAGAAGAUGACUUCGAGCCGCAGGCAUCACCUGAAGAGUGUGAUGCUGUCGAUCGCGGCCACCAUGAUUCAGCAGGAAGUGAAGGACAUCGCAGCCGCCAAGGUGGCCUACAUGUCCGAGAACUGCCCCCCACCCAGCACGAGUGGAGACCAGGCCGCCCUCAUGGAAACUUGUAAGAAGCUCCACUCCCUCCUUGACAAGAUUGACGAGGACAGGUACGACUUGGAGAUCAAAGUUGGCAAAGCAGAUAAAGAGAUUGAAGAUCUGAGGAUCAAAGUGGUGGACCUUGCCGGCGUGAAGAAACCCGCUCUGAAGAAAGUACGUAUGUCCGCCGACGCCAUGCUGAAGGCUCUGCUGGGCUCCAAACACACGGUCAACAUGGACCUGAGGGCCGGCCUGAAGCAGGUGAAGAAGGAGGUCAAAGAGGAGCCGGCGGAGGCGGUGGGUGACUGGCGUAAGAACAUUGAGGACAAAGCUGACAGGAAGAAGAUGUUCGAGACCUCCUAAAGAAAGCAGCUCUGCUCUUGUUACUCUGAGCUGUUAGCACUUUUUAUGACAUUUAUGGAUUCUUGCAUUCAAAAAAAAUACCUUUUGUUUCAUUAAAUCUGUCACUGUGAGCUCGGUCUGCUAUUGUACAUUUGUAAAGCGAGUGUUUCAGACGAGAGGUCCCUCUAAGUUUCGGCGUCGUCUGGAUGAUUUCAGACUCUGACGCGUAGUUUCACUUGUUCUUGUUCACUUUUGACGUCUUCCUGCUGAUAGUGUUUCUGAAAUAAAUGUGUUUUGUUUCAUA